AAGAAAGAAGGGCGGGGUUGCCUUGCCAUGGGUAUGCUUGUGAGAGCUGCAGCAAUCAUAAUCGGAUUACUCUGGUGUAUCUUUAACGGUGCUAGAUGUGCCCCUGCAAGAAGGCUGGAUGAAACACUCCUGUCCUGCAUCUGCAAUGGACAACAAUUUUCAGAUGAGCAGUGGGGUAAGAAUCGGGCCUAUGUCCUCAAGCAAUUAGUGAAAGUUACCCCAGAAGUCGGCUUCAAUUAUUAUGUGCGGUCUCAAGCAUCCGACCAUAUUGUUUACGGGCAUGCAGCAUGCAAUGGAGAACGUUCAAAGCAAUAUUGCCAGGCUUGCCUAGACUUCUCUGUUGACCAGAUACGUAAUCAGUGUUCUCAAAAAUCCAUAGGAGCUCAAGUUCAUCUCCGGGAUUGUAGAUUAAGGAAAACUUGUGCAAGAAAAGAAUUGAAGGCAAUUUGAUGCAUGUUCGGAAUGAAUUGGAGACCAUUGAAGUAUCAAGAUGGAACUUGCAAGGAUACAAGGACUUCUGGUUAGUGGUGCACCACGUGCACAACCGAUUCGAGGGGGAGUUUAGAAUCAAUUCUCGAUUUAUUUGCAAAUCUUAGGAUUCCCUUUCAGUUACAAUGGGAGUUUUUUAGAAAAUCUUUUAAGAUAUGUCCAUUAUUUGUUUCCUAUUUUUGAGGGAGAUAUAAAAACCUAUGGAUCAUCUAGGUUUAGGGUCUUCUAGAAGUUUAGUUUUUCUGUGGAGAGAAACUUGGAGAGGAGGCUGGAGGCUGCGGAGUGUUCCUCCAACGAUCAUCAGUUUUCAUGGAUUCUUGUAUAGCCAUGCGUGGCUAAUUCGUUUCGUUUGACAUGAGAACGGAAACCUCACGGUUUGGU